AUGACUACGUCUGCUACCCCUCUAAACAAGCUCCCUCCAGACUUCAUCUGGGGCUUCGCGACUGCGAGUUUCCAGAUUGAAGGCUCUACCGACGUCGACGGACGUGGAAAGUCGUUCUGGGACGACUUCUCGAAGUUGCCCGGCAAGACCCUCGACGGAAGGGAUGGAGACGUCGCCACCGACUCCUAUAACCGCUGGAGGGAGGACAUCGACCUCCUCGUCCAGUAUGGUGUGAAGAGCUACCGCUUCUCGAUCGCGUGGUCGCGCAUUAUUCCCCUCGGAGGCCGCAACGACACCGUCAAUGAGGCAGGGAUCAAAUUUUACUCAGACUUCAUUGAUGCACUUCUCGAGCGUGGCAUCACGCCCUUUGUGACUCUCUACCACUGGGACCUUCCUCAGGCCCUACACGACCGCUACCUUGGCUGGUUGAACAAGGACGAGAUUGUACAAGAUUACGUCCGCUAUGCGAGGGUCUGCUUCGAACGCUUUGGCGACCGUGUAAAGCAUUGGUUGACUAUGAACGAGCCUUGGUGCAUUUCGAUUCUGGGCUACGGCCGCGGGGUGUUCGCCCCCGGACGGUCAAGUGACCGUAUGCGCUCGCCAGAGGGUGAUUCCUCGACAGAACCUUGGAUCGUUGGUCACAGCGUCAUCUUAUCUCACGCGUGUGCGGUCAAGCUUUACCGCGAGGAAUUCAAGGCCAGCCAGGGCGGCCAAAUCGGCAUCACGUUGAACGGCGACUGGGCCAUGCCAUAUGAUGACAGUCCGCAAAACAUCGAAGCUGCUCAACAUGCGCUGGACGUUGCCAUCGGAUGGUUCGCGGACCCUAUCUAUCUCGGCCAAUACCCGGCGUAUAUGAAGGAGAUGCUGGGUAAUAGGCUACCGGAUUUUACCCCGGAGGAGCUCGCUGUCGUCAAGGGAUCCUCAGACUUCUAUGGUAUGAACACAUACACCACGAAUCUCUGCAAGGCUGGCGGUGAAGACGAGUUCCAAGGGAACGUUGAGUAUACGUUCACUCGUCCCGACGGUACUCAGCUUGGUACCCCAGCCCACUGCCCUUGGUUGCAAGAUUAUGCACCUGGCUUCCGUGACUUACUCAACUACCUGUAUAAGCGCUACCGCAAACCCAUUUACGUGACGGAGAACGGGUUCGCGGUCAAGGAUGAGGACUUGAAAUCCCUUGAGGAAGCUGUCAAGGAUGACGACCGUGUGCACUACUACCAGGGUGUGACCGACUCCCUUCUUGCGGCUGUCAAGGAGGACGGCGUCGAUGUCCGUGCUUACUUUGGCUGGAGUCUUCUUGACAACUUUGAGUGGGCGGACGGCUACAUAACCCGCUUCGGCGUCACCUACGUCGACUACAACACCCAAAAGCGGUACCCGAAGGACUCGGGGAAGUUCCUCUCACAGUGGUUCAAGGAACACGUCGCUGAAAGCCCCAAGCCGGCCGCGGAGACGAAGAAGGCGUCGCCGCCAUCGCCGCUGAAGUCACACGGGUCGAUCUCCAACGGGGUCAGUAAGAAAGCGCAGGUGGCCAAGGAGCCGCAGAGCGCCACGCGCAAAAAGGGCACGAAAGCCCCGUUCGCUCGUUUCACGGCAUACAUCUCUGCAUUCCUUGGUCUCUGAGACGUUUCACCUUGACGAUUCCUUGACGCUAUCUUUGUUCAUUGGACUAGAAUUGUAUGAUCUCCACGCAAUCUCGGUAGCCGCCGCUGUAUUCCCCUACUGGAGAGUUUACCUUCAGUUGUAGUUGUAGUUGUAUAUUCUCGCUGUCUUUAUAUACCUGUGCCGCCUGGAUCUUUAUGAUUACCCACAAUACAGCUGUGCCCUAUACCCUUACGCGCCUUCUUGCUGCCGCCAUGAAUGCUGUC